UCACGCACUUGCUGACGUGGUUGACAGUGAUAGGUGUAAGCUAGUCUAGCUUACAAUAUAGAGGGAAGAUGCAGAUACGACAACUAGCAGAUGCAACGAGCACAGUUCUCAAAGUCUUCGCUUUGAUAUCGUCCCCUUACGCGAAGAAAAAUGCGAGCAAUGUCACUGCUUCUCCGGUGGAUCGUUGUACACAUCACGGGUCUGAUUAUUUCAAACGCCCCCGGAGUGGUUUUUCUUUCAACUGCAAAUAUACAGGAGGACGCUACUGUGCCGAAGGUUGAUCAUGUCGACGGCCCAGAGCGUAGAGCGGACGGGCGCUUCCUGCCCUCCCGUGUGUGGCAAGAAUUCGAUUCGACUUCGGAAGAUGUUGCUGCGUUUUUCGAUAUGCAGGCGAGGGAGGUGGACGAGCUCGAUGCGGCAGCCUUUGAGCAGAUUUAUCAGCGCACCGCGCCACUACAGCCAGAGGCCGAGCCUGGUGCAUCUUCACCGACCCCGGGUAGUAGUUCUUGGCAGUCAUGCAGGUCUUGUGAAACGGGUGAGGACCAAGCUGAAGUCCGCCCUGACGGGGAGACCACUGACGAGGAAGAAGAUAAAAAUGAGGCUGACGAGGAACGAAGUGAAGAUGUCCGCGAAGGGUCAGCACAUGAUGGCACGUCCUCGACGGACGACGAUGACCACCCGCACUAGCAAAGGUAAAUAUGUCUGGGUCUGGAAGAAUGCAACUUGUCAUGCUGUCUGCGGAUUCUAGAAAUAUCUGUGCUGCAUGAGCAGCAAGAGAAGUCAGUUCUUGGCACACCGAGAGGGCUGCAUUUCUCAUGCGUAUAUUAGCAUCAAGAAGCUUUCAAAAAACCUGUGAUGCUAGCGCCAGCAUCAUAGACCUCACGGGUGAUGCAAAAGGUGCAUGACAAGCCCCGACUCUUCCAGACCCAGACAUGUUUGCAAUCCAUACACACUCGGUGUUACUGAUUCUGCUCGACGCAGUAUCGACGCGCAUGGCCCUCCGCGGGCUUCCGAAAACCUUCGACUUUCUUCUUUCUUUGCAAGAAAACAAGUCCCAUUUCCGUCCGAGUCUAUCCAAAAAGCACCACGUUUUGGGCAACGGAUCCAUCUCGAACCAGAUUCCGCUCGUGACGGGGCGUAUGCUGUCGGACGCGGAAGUGGAAGUGGGGGACCCGGAGCCAAUUUUGCGGCCCAAGAGUAUCUAUCAAAUGUAAAAAUGUCGGGGUCUGGAAGAAUGCAACUUGUGAUGCUGCGUCUGCAUUAUCCAAAAAUCUGUAUUGCAUGAACAGCAAAAGAGGUCUGGUUUUGGCCACGGCGAGAGGGCAUUUCUCAUACUGUAUAGGCAUCAGAAAGCCCUCAGAAGAUCUGUGAUGAUAGGGCAUGCAUCGCAGACAUCAGGAGUCAUGCAAAAUGUGCAUGACAAACCUUGCAUCCUUCCAGACCCAGGCAUUUUUGCAUUUGACAGUGUCCGGGACCGUCACAUUCUUGAAGUCGCCAGGAAGUCCGGAGACUACACCACCUUCGUGGGGUAUGGUGAGAAAAAAGUGUUACAGUUACACAUUGUGUUGCAGGCCAAGCAAGACAGACAAGCUCUGUCAUGCCGGAUAUGCAUAGGAGCCUCGUUUCAUAGGUGUUUUCCCGAAGGGUUUCUGCAUUACAAGUUUUCUCUCUCAUGCAGAGAAAUUUGUGUUGCUGAAUUGACUACAAAUGUGUAACUGUAACACUUUUUUCGUGGGAUAUGGGCUGUAACUGCGAGCCCAUGAUUGCCUGGGCCUGCGCUGUAAUAUUCGCACCGUUCGCGGACUUCCGCUACUCGUCCCCCUUUCACGCUUACGACGAACGGAAGGGCGUUUGCACGGUGGACACGAACGACGCCACCUCCUCCAGUGCAGCGCGAAAUCUGUACGCUGCCGAGCAUCAGCGGAUGCUAGACGACAACGGUAGCUCCUCGUCGCCCUCCGAGCCGGAUCCACUUGAUAACUACUCUGCCGAGCAGCGCAAUUACCACCUCCGUGCUUUACCAAAAAAAGAUCUUGGCUGUCGUCCGCCGAGGACAUCACUUUCGAGGACAACGCCUAUAAUUCGUAGAAAGACGGGAAAUAUGCGCGCCAGUUAUCACAUCAGUAGAAACAAAAAGCCCCACAAGAUCGAUGUUGAGCCCCUCGAGUUACAAGUUCGUUUGCUGGGAAGCAUUUAUUUUUCUACACAAUCGAAAAGGAUUUCGACCAGAGCACACACUGCAAGCCAGUAAGUCAUUUUUCCAAAGCACAUACUGCGAAAUGUUUCCUCUAUCGAGGGCCACGACAUCAUCUCCCUGAGCACGCACGUAUAGUACAUGUGCAUGACAAAAUAAAGUGGCUUUGGGUCGUGGCGGGAAUUAUCAGUUUUUACUGAGAAUACCACUCGGGCAGUAUUUUUGGAAGCGCUGGAUUUUCUGGGCAUCGGGAGACAGCGCGUCUCGUUCGUUCCGGAAAUAGAAGAGGAAAAAAUACACUUGGAAACGAAGGUAGAACAAGUGGACGAACACUCGGAGAACGGCAUAGAAUUACGACCGGAGCAGGAGGAGAGUGCGCGACCACUCCAAGCAGACCUUUACUCAUCGCUCGCGCUGCGGGAGACUCUUGGUCCGGGCACGGCAGAUGAGGACUCCGUAGUACCAUCUGAGGCCGUAGGGCGGGAAGCAGGGAACUCCAGCAGCGUCUGUGCCGGUGCUUCUACAACCGCCGGAGGACCGACAACGGGUGGACGACGUACUAGAGCGGGUCAACAACACGACGGUGCCCAUAAGAAGAAGAAGAAGUUUGCUGUGGUAUUUCUAGACGAGGGGCACUGGAUGCGGCCUUCCCGGAUGGAUGCCAUCAACUCGAUUGAUGAUUCACUGCGCGCAUUUCUGGAAAAAGCACUCCGCAAGACGAAGAACUUAUCGCUGGUCCUGCUCGGGGACCACGGACGCCUGUUCCGCGAUAUGCUCGAGUCCAGGUACAUCGACCUUUACGCUUACGAGUACCGGCUUCCGUUGCUCUUUACCAGGUUUUCUAUCCUGUGCAAAAGCAACGUACUCGUAGUAAUUGCGUUUAUGCAUUACAAAUCGCUUUCCCAUUCCCAAGGUAAAUCAGCAUUACAACUUCAAUUUGUAAUGCUGGGGUAAUUUGUAAUGCAAUUUAUACUAGGACGAUAAUUUUGCAUUGCAUAUUUUCCAAGAGGGACCACAACGCCGUGGCCGCCAAGGAAGCGCUGGAGCACAUGGAAAAGAAUCACCGCUGGAUAUGGAUUGCAAAAGUGUCUGGGUCUGGAAGAUAGAUUGCAAAUUGUCAUGCUAAAUCCGAAUCAUGCAAAAAUCUGUGUUGCAUGAGUGCCAAAAGCUGUCCACUUUCGACCAAAUGGGGAGGGAGUUUCUCAUGCGGGAUGGGCAUGAAAGAGACCUCACAGACUCUGUCAUGCUAGGCUCCGCAUCCCAGACCUCAAGGGUCAUGGAAAACCUGCAUGACAAGCUCACACUCUUCCAGACCCAGACACUUUUGCAUUUCAUACUGGAUUACGCCCUACAACCUCCACGGCGUUUUGCUCCGACUGGUAUCAUAUGGAUUGCAAAAAUGUCUGGGUCUGGAAGAGUGGAACUUGUGAUGCUAACUUUGGACUCUGAAAAAUUCUGUAUUGCAUGACCAGCAAGAGGUGUCCAGUUUGUGCUACGCGUGGAGGGCAUUUGUCAUGCGGAAUAGGCAUCAGGAAGGCCUCUAAAAACCUGUGAUGCUAGGACUUCCAUGACAGACAUUAUGCGUCAUGCAAAAACAGCAUAACAAAUGUCGGAUUCUUCCAGACCCAGACAUUUUUACAUUUGAUAUAUUUACAUUACCGUUUGAAGAGGAGAACGCGAAGAUGGCUGCUCGAGCAUCCCUAUGAAAUGCAAAUAUGUCUGGGUCUGGAAGGUUCCCAGAUUUGUCAUGCAGUUUUUCCAAGCUCCGCCAAGUCUGCAAUGCAGGGCCCAGCAUCACAGGUUCUGCAGCCCCUUAGUGAUGCCUGUUCCGCAUGAGAAAUGCCCUCUCAAUAUGGCCAGAAGUGGGCACCUUUUGCAAGCCAUGCAACACAGUUUUUUGCAGGAUGCGGAACACGCAUCACAAGUUCGGAGCCUUCCAGACAUCCAGGGAUAUUUGCAAUGCAUAAUCCCAAGAAUACCUGCAACCGGACGGCGCGACUUUGAUCCCGCAGCAGUGGACUUUGGAAGCCACCCGGCACUAUGAUUGGCCUGCCGCCGUCAAUGACAAGAUGUGCGCGGCUGUCUUGAGCAUGGUGGACGAGCUCGGGUUCCAAAUGGAUCCGGUCGUCUGUGACCGCCGCCUGCUCACUGAGGCUACUUGUCACGUCGUUCGCACGUCUACAAGUUUGAACGGUCAGUGGGGUCCCGGAGCGGUAAUCCACGCCAUCCUUGAAUUCCGAGCUCCUGCGAGGAGGAAGAAGCCGGGGUUUGAUCAUGCGGAAGUAGAGGAAGAGGACGUCGAUGGUUUCAAGUAUUCGGCUGUUUUGUCGUGGCUCGCGCAAAGCGAUGAGAUGCGCGUAUCCCCGUUGUACGAGCUGACCACGUAUGAUCCCUACAAACGGUGCGUGCCGAUUCACUACAUGCGGCAACGGUUGGAGGAAGCAUCUCUUGUAUCUAGUACAUCAACGUCUCGGCCUGAUGAUGCGCUAGUACAGCAGCAGCAACAACAAGAGCAAAUGUUGGAGCGCUACAUGGACUUCUCUCUGGAAGAUUUCAUAUCGCUGGAUCCUCUAUCAAAUGCAAAUAUGUCUGGGGCUGGAAGAAUGCAAACUUCUGUUGCGAAUUUCGGAUGA